AUGGGAAUCAUCUACUUACCAUUCUUCUAUUUGCUUAUUGCAGUCUUACCUUAUCCUAUUUGUAUUUUGAAUGCCUUCAAGCAAAUUCUAAAAGGAAGAUUUAAUUUAUAAUAAGAUGAAGUAGUUGCAGCAUCAAUCGCAGCAUUUUAUGGCAUGUUUGUUAUCUGUGAAGAUUGA